AUGGCGACGAAGACAACGCGAGCAGAGUUCGAAAAGGUCUUUCCCUCGCUGGUCGAGGAUCUGCUGGGGGAAUGUCGCAAGUUCAAUCUUCCAGCAAAUGCUUUGCAAUGGUUCGAAAAGUCUCUCAAUGUGAACACCCCCACGGGGAAGCUGAACAGAGGCAUGUCAGUACCAGACACUGCCAUCCAGCUCCUCGGGAGGCCCUUGUCCCCUCAGGAAUUCAAAGACCUCGCAACCCUGGGAUGGCUCACCGAGUUGCUGCAAGCAUUCUUCCUCGUGAGCGACGAUAUCAUGGACGCCAGCAUAACCCGUCGCGGAGAACCGUGCUGGUACCGCCAUCCAGGGGUGGGAAUGAUCGCCAUCAACGAUGCCUUCAUGCUCGAGUCCUCUAUCUACCUCAUUCUGAAGAAACACUUCCGCAGCCACGCCGCCUAUAUUGACCUGGUCGAGCUCUUUCACGAAGUCACUUGGCAGACGGAAUUGGGCCAGUUGUGCGAUCUGAUCACUGCACCAGAAGACCAGGUUGAUCUGAGUAACUUCUCCAUGACCAAGUACACCUUCAUCGUCAUCUACAAGACCGCGUACUACUCCUUCUACCUCCCCGUGGCUUUGGCCCUGCACUACCUUGGUCUCGCCACUCCCAAGAACUUGAAACAAGCACACGACAUUCUCAUCCCACUAGGCGAAUACUUCCAAGUCCAAGACGACUAUCUGGACGCGUUUGGGGAUCCCUCGGUCAUCGGCAAGAUUGGCACAGACAUCAAGGAUAACAAGUGUGGGUGGUUGGUCAAUCAAGCACUGCUGAUCUGCACACCGGAGCAAAGAAAGCUGCUGGACGAGAAUUAUGGGCAGAAGGAUGAUGCAAAGGAGGCAAAGGUGAAGGAGUUGUACAACGAGCUACAACUAGAGAAGAGAUAUCAAGACUACGAGGAGAAGCGUGUUGGAGAGCUGCGUGGAUUGAUCGCGGCCGUGGAUGAGAGCGAGGGCCUGAAGAAAGGUGUGUUUGAUGCAUACCUGGCAAAGAUCUAUAAGAGGAGCAAAUGA